AUGGAGCCCCAGGAAGUUGCUGCAGCAGCCGGUGUGCAUCCUAUAGAGCUAUGCGUUUAUUCGAUUCUCUCCAACAAUUUAGAUGGAAUAUAUCAAUCGGUUAAUGAUUUAAGGGAAUCUCAAGCUUUACUUGUAGUUCGGCUAAAGCAGAUUCGCAACUUGCUGAAAGAGGAGCAAGAGUACUACAACGAAGAAGAGGGAUUGGGAGUGGAACGCGAACGCCUUGAAGAAUUGGAGUUGCGCGUUGAGAAGCUAACACAGAAAUAUAAAAAGCUUUUGGCGGAUUGUGUAUAA